UCUUUGAAGCAAAUAUAGACUGAAUUGUCAAGAAGCUUUUCCUUUCAAACAACAUGAAUUGGUUACAACUAAAUGAAGACCUGAGCCUGAAGAGGUUUAUCAAUGAUUCAGAGUGCCCAGAAAACCUCAAAUAUGACUUUAACAAAAAUGGUGAACUUAGACACCAAGAUACCAAUGAACCUUUUAUUUUUAAUUAUUCCCAUUCUUAUAAUGGCAAUCACAAACGCUAUCAAAUUCUUGGACAUUCAAUUACUCAGUAUAUAUAUGAACUUCUGGAAAAGGCUUUCAAACUGCAAAAGAAGUAUAUUCCAAUAGAUGCUCCGGUCAGUAACCUUUGCAGUUUCUUUUUCAUGAGUGAGAAUGCAUUAACAAAUUGCUCCACUCUAGUUGUCCUUCUUCAAGACCAAGGACCGUCUCGUGCAGGUCAGUGGAGACAGAAGACCAUAAUUCAUGAAGGUCUCCAACACGGAUCUCAAAUACCGUUCAUUGCAAUGGCUCUGCAGUGCUCUUGGGGUGUCAUUGUUUUAAAUCCCAAUGACAAUUUCAUUGAUCUAAAAAUAGAAUCUAAAAUCCCAGACUUCUCUGAGGAAGAUCCUGCCCGUUCUCUGAAAUCAUCUUGGUUAAUCCCAAAGAGGUGCAGCAGUAGUCCCGAAGAACAUACAACCUAUGUUUGGGACUACUUCAUUUCAAAAACCACAGCUAGAAAUGUGGCUUUCGUUGCCCAUGGCUAUGGGGGAUUGGUUUUUGUCAACUUGCUUAGGCAGAGAUCUUUAGAGGUGAUGAACAAAGUAUAUGCUGUUGCGCUUAUUGAUUCCAAACACCACAUAAUCCAUCAGACGCAAGGCGAUUCCCAGCUGCAGGAAUGGAUACAGAGACACUGUCGAAAGUGGGUAGCAGACAGUAAACCUUUGGAUAAGACAGUCGGCUACUUCAUGAAAGUAGAUUGCCCUAGUGUUUCCGCAGGAACUGAAAAAUAUAGCUUGGUGCCUUCUUAUAGUCUACAGUCCAUCUUCAAAUAUUUUAAAAAUAAACUGAAAGUAGGCAGUAGAAAGCGUGUUGUCCGCUCGCCUAUUGCAACAAGGAGCAGAAAAGUAAUGAAAAUGUAAGCGUGUAUGUGACUUAUGACCGUUUUUCUUUUUCUGUGGAAGAUGUACACUGCCUUAGAGUUCUCAAGCCCAUUUGUAAGGCAUAUUUAAUUUAAGUAUGGGAGACUACUUAUUUUGGAGGCAGUUUUGUUAUAACUAAGUUAUCAAACGUCUAAUUCUGAAUUACAGCUGUUUGUUUAAUUUCAGUUGAGUGUAUUUUGAAAUUUAGCAUUCCUUUGUACUUAACAUAUUACAAAAUGCUGUCACCAAUCAGAAAAACAGCACCUGUCCUUUCAAACCUCACUGAUAUGAAAUUGUAAUUCUGUAUGAAUAUAUCAAUAUAAGACAAUAAUAACACUGGGUCUGAAAAGUUUGUCAACUGUAUGGUUUACAUGAUAGUGGUUUUGGACAUAAUGUGUUUAUUGAAUUGCUUGGAACUAAUUUAGUUUUAAUACUUAAAAAACCUCUACUGUG